AUGACAAAAGACCUCUCACAAUAAAAGGUAACACUCAUUAAAAUUAUAAAGGCCUUGCUAAUUUUUUCAUUAUUUGUUGAUGUGAAUUGCAGAGCUUGGGUACUUUUUGAGACAAUUGUUCAGUAAGUCAAAGUGCCAACAAUAGAAAAAAAGAAGAAUUCUAAGUUUUUAUAAACUAAGUCUAAGUUGAUUUCAAAUGGAUAUAUAAGCAUAUUAUUCAAAAAUUUCAAUAUCUAGUUACCUAUAGGAGGAAUAAAACAAUUACCAAAAAAGCAAAAAAAGGGAUUUGUUUAAUAAGACUUAAUAUUAAUUAUUGAUAAAAACCUUCUUGAAUUAAAUGAACUUAAAGACUGGACAUAUUAUUAAAAUAGUUUAUUAUUUCAAAUCAUGGAAAUGGAGAUCAAAUGGAUAAAUGGUAACUAUUAUAUUUAAGAUAUAAAAAUGGUACUUAAUCUCAAUUAAUGCAUGAUGAUCUAUGUAGUGAAUCAAUGUAUCUUUCAAAUUUGA